AUGACGGAUAACAAAGAAUGGCGAGCCAAACGCGCGGCGAUAAAAGGUACAGUCACGCGCGCGUUGACGUUUUUCGAGUCACCGGGGAAAAAGUCAGUAGUCGACGCAAAAAUAAGGUUAGCUAAACUCGAAGAAUGUUGGAAAAACUUCGAAGAGAUACAAUUGAAAAUCGAAAGUAAGCAUACGGAAGAUGAUGAAGAGGAUGAAGUCUUUAAGCAACAGGUCGCCGAGGGUGAAGCGGAAAGGCAGACUUUCGAAAUGAAUUAUUUCAAAGCAGCGGGCAGGGCUCAAGAGAUCAUCGAACAGGACCUGUUAGAGCAGCGACAACAGAAACCGCCCGUACAACAGAAUCCGCCCGUACAAGAGGCCGGGACGACUCCAAAAGUCGUUCCACAGGAACCAGCGCGGCAACGACCAAAAUUACCGGAAAUCAAACUCCCUGAAUUUAGUGGAGAAUUCACGCAAUGGAUGUUCUUCAAGGAUAGCUUCGAAACAACCAUUCAUCAAGAAAAACAAUUAACGGCGAUGCAAAAACAACAAUAUCUCGUGGGUGUGCUCAAAGGCGAGGCACUAAGCGUUAUUCAAGGUUACAAAAUCUCGAAUGAAAACUAUGAGCAUGCAUGGAAGUUGUUAAAAGACACAUAUGAUAAUAAUAUAAUCAUAAUCGAAAGUCAUCUAGAAGAAUUAUUAAAUUUUCCAGCGAUCACAAAGGAAAAUAAAGCGGACUCGAUACGGCAGUUCGUGUGGCACAUCCGGACUCACAUGACGUCGCUCAAGGCACUCGGGUUACCAGUCGAUCAGUGGGAGACAGUCCUUAUGCAUCUCGCGAAAAAGAAGUAG